AUGAAGGGCCACCGCCGGCGGUGGCGGUGGCGGGGCGAGCACCGCCGCUUCGCCGCGGUGCUGGUGCUGUACACGCUGCUGCUGCUGCUGCUGGUGCCCUACGCGCUGGACUACGGGGCCAGGCGGGGCCGGGCGGACGAGGAGCCGCUGCUGCGGCGCUGCCCCAGCCUGGAGGAGGCGCUGAGCGAGUGGGGCUGGGAGCAGCAGCAGCCGCCGCUGGACGAGGAGGAGGAGGAGGGCGGCGGCGGCACGGCCGGGGCGGCGGGUAACGGCAGCGCGGCGGCGGGGAAGCGGCACAUCUACCUGCACGCCACCUGGCGCACGGGCUCCUCCUUCCUGGGGGAGCUCUUCAACCAGCACCCCGACGUCUUCUACCUCUACGAGCCCAUGUGGCACCUGUGGCAGGCCCUCUACCCGGGGGACGCGCUGAGCCUGCAGGGCGCCCUCCGCGACAUGCUGCGCGCCCUCUUCCGAUGCGACUUCUCCGUCCUGCGCCUCUACGCCGCCCCGCCCGGCCCCCGCGACCCGCUGGCCCCCGCCCCGCCCGCCGCCGCCAACCUCACCACGGCCGGCAUCUUCGGCUGGCGGACCAACAAGGUCAUCUGCUCGCCGCCGCUCUGCCCCGCCGCCCCGCGGCCCCGCCGCGAGAUCGGCCUCGUCGACGGCGCCGCCUGCGAGGAGACGUGCCCGCCGCGGGCGCUGCGGGAGCUGGAGGCCGAGUGCCGCAAGUACCCGGUGGUGGUCAUCAAGGACGUGCGGCUGCUGGAGCUGGGCGCCCUGCUGCCGCUGCUGCGGGAGCCCGGCCUCAACCUGCGGGUGGUGCAGCUCUUCCGCGACCCCCGCGCCGUCCACAACUCCCGCCUGAAGGCCAGGCAGGCGCUGCUGCGGGAGAGCAUCCAGGUGCUGCGCAGCCGCCACCGCGCCGAGCCGCGGGGGCCGCCCCGCCACCAGCAGCAGCCGCUCCUGCUGCCGCCCGGCCUGCUGGGCGGCGGGCGCGGGCCGCAGCCGCAGCACCGCGCCGAGUUCUUCCUCGGCGGCGCCCUGGAGGUGAUCUGCCAGGCCUGGCUCCGCGACCUCCUCCUGGCCCGCCGCGCCCCGGCCUGGCUGCGCCGCCGCUACACGCAGCUGCGCUACGAGGACCUGGUGCGGGAGCCCCGCGCCCAGCUGCGUCGCCUGCUGCGCUUCGCCGGGCUGCCGGUGCCGCCCGCCCUGGAGGCCUUCGUGCUCAACAUGACCCGCGGCGCCGCCUACUCGUCCGACCGGCCCUUCCUCAUCUCCGCCCGCGACGCGCGGGAGGCCAUCCACGCCUGGCGGGAGCGCCUCAGCCGCCAGCAGGUGCGGCAGGUGGAGGCCGCCUGCGGCGAGGCCAUGAGCCUCCUCGCCUACCCCCUCAGCGGCGGCGACGCCCGGUAG